GGUACGAAAGGGGUUCACGUGUUUAAUGGUGAUAAGAUGAAGCAAUACCAGGCCAUAAGUGCACUCGUCUGCCCACUUCUAUUAUCCACACUGGUGAAAUCAAGUGAGCCUUGGAUGCAUCAUUUUGAGGACCCCAGGGAAGAGUCACCGGAUGAUGAUGAGGCCAUCACGGAAAGACGUUGGCAGCUGGGAUAUGAGAACUUUCGACUUCGCUGCGAGAAAUUCGAGAUGGAGGCAAAUCACAGCUCUUCCGUGAGAACUCGAAUAGCUGGCGGAGAACUGGCCACGCGCGGCAUGUUUCCCCAUCAAGUGGGUCUAGUGAUUCAGCUGAGUGGCGCAGAUCUGGUCAAGUGCGGCGGUUCCCUUAUCACGCUCCAGUUUGUGUUGACUGCAGCCCACUGCCUGACCGACGCCAUAGCAGCCAAGAUCUACACGGGUGGCACCAUAUUUGCGGAUUUGGAUGACUCCGUGGAGGAGUUAGAAGUCACGCAUAGAGAUUUCCUGAUUUAUCCCGAUUUCUUAGGUUUCGGGGGAUAUAAUGACUUGGCCUUGAUACAGCUGCCCAGAAAAGUCAGAAUCUCAGAGCGAGUGCAACCCAUUGAGUUGGCUGGGGAGUUCAUGCAUCAAAACUUUCUGGUGGGCAAAGUGGUGACCCUAUCUGGCUGGGGUUACUUGGGAGAUUCAACCGACCAACGCACUCGAGAUCUGCAGUACUUGGAUGCGGAGGUGAUGGACCAGGAACGCUGUAUCUGCUAUUUCCUGCCAGGCUUGGUUAGCCAGCGGCGUCACCUGUGCACUGAUGGAAGCAAUGGACGAGGUGCCUGCAAUGGCGACUCUGGUGGCCCCGUGGUGUACCACUGGCGCAAUGUCAGCUACCUGAUUGGGGUCACCUCGUUCGGCAGUGCCGAAGGAUGCCAGGUGGGGGGGCCCACUGUCUACGCCAGGAUAACCGCAUAUUUGCCAUGGAUCCGGCAGCAAACGGCAAUGACCAACUAAAUGCAAUUAACGCCUAAUUGCAGCCCAUUAAUUGCUAAACAAUAUAGUCGGUCCAGACAAUAAAACCCAUUUGAGCAGUGAAACCGAAACAGGUUCGUCUGUCGAGCAGGG